UUGAGAGAUUUUCUGAAAGACGUCAACCCAGGGUUCAACAGCUUUCUCAAACUGGUCGCCACUUUGAGAGAACUUUUGGAGAACUUUUUGAGCCAAAUGCCCUCCAGAAAUGACAUGCCAACUGCCUUGGAGUUUGCAUAUCUAUUUGCGCCCACCAUUCGCGAGUCAUUGAAAAAACUCACUGACAUUGGCUUUGUCUACUACACUUCCCUACACUCUUAUUGUGAAGUACCAGAUGAGAUGAAACUCCCGUUUCGAGACCUGCCUUCUUUGUCUGUUCCAUCGUCAGUAGAAAUGGCAAAAGAUGGCCAGAGGUUGAUGAGAGACUGGAGGGACAGCUUUGGUAAACAGGUCCGUCAACUGACCGUUCAAAAUCAAAGUACCAAGGACAAUGUAGGUACACUUCCAUUGUUCGCAUACAUAACACCAGAUCAGCCUCCAAGACCAUUAGAUUUUUCCACCACAGACGACCUCACAGCUAGAGAAACAGUGGUCACAGCGAUUGAGCAGCAAGCUGUCAGAGGAGCCAUUUUAUUUGAGGCCAACAGUGUUGUGGUCGUCAAGUACGACCACAUACGUGGAUACCCGAACAGGGGACCCUUCUUUGUUGGAAUUGUC